UUUCAGGAAGUCGUCCCUGUUUUGUUCCUGACACUGGAGAGGAACUCCCAGUUGUCGAAGACCAUUACAACUACAGAUCUUUAUCCUAAAUACCAAUUUAAAGGGAGGCGAUGGAGGUCGAUUCGGUGUUUUACACUGAUCGCAGUGGGAGGGUCACCAGUAACCCGCUGCUGGACCAGCUCCCCAGUUACCAGUCCCUACUGUACCGCAGGAAGUCAUCGUCCAGUGGGUCCAAGCGCAGAGGCAGCUCUCGGGGACGGAUGGGCUCCUCUGGCAGUGGGAAAUGGACUGUGAAUACUGUCAACAGACAUGAGGACAACCAGAGGACUGAGCAAAGAGCUAUUCGAGAGCUGCCCAAGAGCAUGGACGAGAAACGCAGAGAAAAAACUCAGCGUCUGGUGGAGGCUGGACAGCUGAGCAGCUGGAGCCAGUGGAGAGAGAGCACUCGGAGGUACCUGAAGAGGCUGAAGGAGGACACACACGAAUGGAUAAGCUCUCUGAAGCUCUGGAGAGGGGACAUCCACGCCAUUGAGGGGAUGUUUGGAACUGGAAUCUUGUCCUACUUUUCAUUUUUACGUUUUCUGGUCCUGCUCAACUUCAUCAUUUUUUUGCUCAUGUUCAGCUUUGUCAUGCUGCCCCUCAUCGUUGUCCCAUACACUUCAGGAAACAAAACGUACAACCAGUAUGUCGGUAAUGUAUGUAGUGACUAUCCUAGCAGUUCUCGCCGAGGCCUUGUCAUUUUUCAUGAGCAUAUAACAGAUUUGCUCUCUGGAGGUGGCUUUUUGGAACGGACUUACCUGUUCUAUGGUUUUUAUAAAGUGGAUAAAAUCUACUUUCCAAAUUUCACUUAUAAUGUCCCACUUGCCUAUUUAUUGGUCACAAUAGCCUAUCUAAUUCUUAGCCUCAUCUGGAUAGUCAAAAGAUCUGCUACAGGGUUUAAACGUAACUUGGUUCAAGAUGAGGAUCGGUUUCAAAGUUUUUGCAAUAAAAUAUUUGCUGGAUGGGAUUUUUGCAUCACCAACGAGAAUGCUGCUCGGCUGAAGAGAAGUAGUCUCCUGUAUGAGCUUAGGACAGACUUGGAGGAGGAGAGGAUUAAGCAAAAAAUUGCAGACCGCACCCAAAAAGAGAAAUGUCGAAUUUACCUUGUACGAUUUAUAUUGAACUUGUUUGUAAUUGCAGUACUUGCAGCCUGCUUCUAUAGCAUUUAUUUAGCCACUACUUUCUCUCAGGAAGCCCAGUUGGAUAAUAUAAAGGAAAAUUUCAUUGUGGCCCUCAUAUAUGAAUAUCUUCCCUCAAUUGUCAUCACACUGGCAAACUGUAUCACUCCACUGCUAUUCUCAGUCAUAAUAAACUUUGAGGACUAUUCUCCAGCCUUUGAGAUUCGCUUCACUCUCAUGAGGUGUGUCUUUAUGCGUCUGACCAGUAUUGGAGUGUUGCUAUUCUCUCUAUGGUCUCAGAUCACUAAAUGUGAAGAAGAGCCCUGCAGUUGUGGAUACAACCAUGUGCUUUAUCCUUGUUGGGAGACACGGGUGGGCCAGGAGAUGUACAAACUUGCCAUAUUUGACUUCAUUAUCAUUUUUGCCGUCACCAUCUUUGUUGAAUUUCCUCGAAAGCUUAUAGUGCAGCACUGUGACUGUGGGCUUGCUAAGUGGGUGGGACAGCAGGAGUUUGCAAUCCCUCAAAAUGUUUUGGAAAUCGUUUAUGGUCAGACAAUCUGCUGGAUCGGCACCUUCUAUUGCCCGUUGCUACCUGCUGUCUGCACCAUAAAAUACUUCUUAAUUUUCUACAUCAAAAAGGUGUCACUUAUGAACAACUGCCGCCCGGCCACGCGUCCAUUCAGAGCAUCAAGUUCCAACUUCUUUUUCCUUGGAGUUCUGCUAAUAGGACUUGCUUUGGCUUGUCUGCCAGUCAUUGUUAGUGUAGCACAGAUAAGCUGUUCAAAAGUAUGUGGACCAUUUGUUAGUUACAACACCUCCUGGGAAGUUCUUCCACAUACAAUAUCCCAACUGCCCAAUGAAGCUCAAACACUCCUGUAUGCGAUGUCAUCAGAGGCCUUCGCUGUGUGUCUUUUUGUCUUUACUUGUUUGGCAAUGUUCUAUGUAAUUGCACUGGCUGGAGCAUAUAAGAGAGUCAUCACUCAACUGAGAGACCAGUUAGCAAUGGAGGGACGGGACAAGCGCUUCUUGAUACAGAAACUAUGCCAGGCUCAGCAGUCUUCACCUGUUAAAGGAUCCAGCUCUCAGCCUCGUGUGACCCGGAGCCCCAGCUACCACACCAGCUUUGCUAAUAACUUUAGUGAAGGACUUUUCCUGGCACAUUCUCCUCCCAACUCCUCCACACACAAUAGAUCCAUCCUUCUGGCCUACAUCGUGUCGCUCCUCUUCCAGAGCUGUAGAGGUCGCUGCGUUGCUGUGCUGCAGGCCGCUGUGACAGGCGGAAGCAGCGUGCGGGCGCUCUGCUCAGGCCAGUCUAUAGACCAGUCAUCCAAAAUGUUCAGAAUUACAAUCCGCGCGGAUAUGGGGUCACUUUGGAUCUUAAUUGGCGUUAUAUAUUCUCAGUUUUUAACCGCAUCUUCUGAUGACAUUGUGGUUGCUUGUGGGGGGUUUGUGAAGUCCGACGUGGAGAUCAACUAUUCCCUAAUCGAGAUUAAAUUAUAUACAAAACAAGGGUCCUUGAAGUAUCAAACAGACUGUGCUCCAAUCAAUGGGUACUUCAUGAUCCCACUCUAUGACAAGGGGGAUUUUGUUUUGAAGAUUGAACCUCCACUUGGAUGGAGCUUUGAGCCCACUUAUGUGGACCUUCACAUAGAUGGUGUGAAUGACAUCUGCACCAAAGAGGAAGACAUCAACUUUGUUUUCACAGGUUUCUCUGUGUCUGGAACAGUUUUGAGUAAAGGUCAUCUGCUCGGUCCAGCAGCUGUGGAGGUCACUCUGUCUAGGACAGGAACAGGAGACCAGAUACAGACUGUUGUUACACAGCCUGGGGGAAAAUAUACCUUUUUCAAAGUUCUUCCAGGAAGCUAUGACAUCACAGCCUCACACCCUUCAUGGACACUUGACCAGAGUACAACAUCAGUGCAUGUUUCCAAUGCCAAUGCUCCAGCCUCUGGCCCUCUGGUGGUGGGAGGGUACGACGUCUCAGGGGAGGUCCGCAGUGAUGGAGAGCCCAUGAAAGAGGUCACCUUCCUGCUAUACUCAGCCACUGUCAAGAAAGAGGAUAUCAGUGGUUGCAACACGUCACCAGUGGUUGGGGCAGAGUCUUGGGACAGUUCACUAGUUUAUCUGUGCAGUGCCUUGUCUAAGGAAGAUGGCACUUUCACUUUCCCUUCACUGGCCAGUGGAGACUACACUGUGGUACCUUUCUACAGAGGAGAAAGGAUUACAUUUGAUGUAGCUCCUUCGAAACUGAAUUUCAAAGUUGAGCAUAACAGUUUGAAGCUAGAGCCAAUCUUCCGUGUGAUGGGCUUCUCUGUGACUGGGAGAGUCUUAAACAGUGUUGCUGGGGAGGGUGUACCUGAUGCUACGGUGUCCCUCAACAACCAAAUUAAAGUCAUAACAAAGGAGGAUGGUUCUUUCCGACUUGAGAAUAUGACAGCUGGUACCUAUACUAUUCGUGUUAACAAGGACCUCAUGUACUUUGAGCCAAUUACAGUCAAGAUUGCUCCGAACACACCUCAGCUUCCUGACAUCAUCACUGCAGGAUUUAGCGUGUGUGGUCAAAUUUCAGUCAGUCGCCUCCCGGAGGGCAUGAAGCAACAAGGUCGCUAUAAGGUCACUCUGACACAGCAAGGUCAAGACAGGAGCAGCCGCACCGUUGACACUGAUCCUCUGGGGGGCUUCUGCUUUCAGGCCAAACCAGGAGAUUACAUUGUUCAUGUGUCACUCCCUGAGGCAGAGGUGAAAGCUGGCCUUGCUCUGCAGCCUCAGGCCCUGGCAGUCUCCCUGGUUGACCGGCCCCUCACAGACUUGCUGUUCACACAAUUCAUGGCCUCUGUCUCUGGAAAGGUCUACUGCUUAGCUUCCUGUGAUGAUCUUGCGGUAACCCUUCAACCUGUAAGCCGUCAGGGGGAGAGAAGGAGUGUAGCUCUUUCAGGGAGCAUGAAAGUUCUUAGCUUCUCCUUUGACAACGUCCUGCCUGGAAAAUAUAAAGUGGGGAUUGCUCAUGAGGAGUGGUGUUGGAAGCACAAGUCUAUGGAGGUGGAGGUUUUGGACUCAGAUGUUCUUGGAGUGGAGUUCAGACAGAUCGGUUACAUCUUGCGCUGCUCUCUCUCACAUGCCAUUACCCUGGAGUUCUUCCAAGAUGGAACUAAACCUGAGAAUGUGGGCGUGUAUAACCUCUCUAAAGGAGUCAACCGUUUCUGCCUGUCCAAGCCUGGUGUUUACAAAGUCACCCCUCGCUCAUGCCACCAGUUUGAGCAGGACUUCUACACAUAUGAUACCUCAGCACCCAGCAUUCUGACACUGACAGCUGUGCGCCAUCACAUGACUGGACUCAUUACAACGGACAAACUCAUGGAUGUCACUGUGACAAUCAAGUCAUCUAUAGAGAGUGAGCCAGCUCUUGUGUUGGGACCUCUGCGCAGUUUGGAGGAGCAGAGACAAGAGCAACAGCUGCAGGAGAUCCAGCUGCGUCGUCAGGAGCGGGAGCGCCGAGCAGCCGAGGAGGAGGGAGGGGCUAAAGAUGACAGCCCCCCCAUACAGGAGAAAGCAGAUGAACUAACCGGUCCAUUCCAUUAUGAGUUCUCUUAUUGGGCAAGGGCUGGAGAGAAAAUUACAGUGACUCCAUCUUCAAAGGAGCUGCUCUUCUACCCCCCAGAGGUAGAGGCCACUAUAACUGGAGAGUCAUGCCCUGGCCGUUUGGUGGAUAUCUCGGGUCGGGCAGGGCUUUUCUUGGAAGGCAAAGUGUCACCUGAAUUGCAGGGGGUUGAGAUUUCAAUCACAGAAAGAGGAGCCACCGUGCCACUCAUCACCGUGGCUACCAAUGAAAAUGGAGCGUACAGUGUGGGCCCACUGCACAGUGACCGUGAGUAUGACAUCACCGCCAGUAAAGAGGGUUUUGUCCUGAGUCCUGUGGAGGGAACCCAGGGAGACUUUAAGGCAUUUGCUCUAGCAGGAGUCACCUUUAAGAUCCAGUCAGAAGAUGGUUUGCCUUUAUCUGGCGUCCUGCUGUCUCUGAGUGGAGGACAGUUUCGGUCAAAUCUAUUGACCCAGGACACCGGUCUCCUAACCUUUAAUAACCUGAGUCCUGGUCAGUACUACUUCAAACCCAUGAUGAAGGAGUUUCGAUUUGAGCCAGCUUCUCAGAUGAUCACAGUAGAAGAAGGUCAAAGCCUAAGCAUCAAUAUCAUUGGCAUUAAGACUGCUUACAGCUGUUAUGGAGCUGUGCAGUCUUUGAGUGGAGAUGCAGAGAGAGAUGUGGCAGUGGAGGCUGUGGGACAGGGCGACUGCAGCCUCUACAGUGAAGACACGGUCACUGAUGAAGAGGGGCGCUUCAGACUCCGUGGACUGCUGCCGGGCUGCAAGUAUCUCAUCCAGUUAAGAGCAGAAGGCAAUGACCACAUUGAGAGAGCGCUGCCUCAGCACAGAGCAAUCGAGGUUGGCAGCCAUGACAUUGAAGGGGUCAACAUUAUUGCCUUCAGACAAAUCAAUCAGUUUGACCUCAGUGGAAAUAUAAUCACGUCUCCUGAACAUCUCCCCACACUUUCGGUAAAACUGUAUAAGAGCGACAACCUGGACAAUCCAAUCAACAGUGUCUCUUUGGGACAGUCUCUCUUCUUCCAUUUCCCUCCCCUGGACAGAGAUGGAGAGAACUAUGUGCUGAUGUUGUACUCCACACUGUCACGCUCCCAGUACGACUUUACACUGCCCCAGGUGUCUUUCACCUCUACUGGGUACCACAAGCACGUCACCCUCACCUUCAAUCCUACUCGUAAAGUGCCUGACCAAGACGUCGCCCAAGGCUCCUACAUUGCUCUACCCCUGACUCUGCUACUUCUGUUAGCAGCAUAUAAUCAUGAAAGGGUCAUCCCACUCCUGCUGCAGUUGGUGAGCCGCAUUCAGGGAGUGAGGAGCAUGGCCCAGACCAGUGUAGACAGCGCCACAAUGGACGAAGCCAAACGACAAGCAAAAAGACCAAAAUCUAGGCGCACUUGAUUACAACCAUGGAAACCUCAGUACACAUCUCUAGAGUUAUUGAUUUCACUAUCACAGAUUAACCAGUAGUUGUUAAUGGGUGAUAAUGAACUAACCAGGCCAAAGCUGCAGAGGUGGCAAUGGGUUUUCUUGAGUUGAAAGUCUGUUUUCUUUCUGAUGAAGCUUUGAACAUUUUUACCACACCCUCAUCAGCCAAACCUUUGUGUUAAUUUUUGUUAAAAGACUGUUGCUGAUACUUGAGCCAUUAUGAGACAUAUUUUUAAAGUCAAAAACAUCCAUGGAAGCACUUGUUGAUUCUUUACUAGUCUUAUAACAUUGUUUAGAUGUCACCUGUUAGCAGGUCACCAUUUCAUAUUCAGGGCACUAAAAUCAUUUAAAACUUCAUUGAAUUGAUGAAUUCAUGGCCAGCCUAAAAAGAUCAGCCACCUUCAGGCUCAUGUCUGUAAAAAAUAGCCAAUUGUUACUGUAAUCCACUCCACUUUUUCGAUAUAAGCUGUUAUGGGGUGACACAAAAGGUUGGCUUUUCAUCUCCAUUUAGCUCAGGAAAGAUGGAUGAAUGCAUGGUGGCUGAUUACUGUGUGAGUUAAGAUUUUGAUUUACUGGGGGUAGAAGAUACAUAUAUACUAAUAGUGUGCAAAGGCUUUUAGAUCUGAAGGGGUUAUACUUAUUGUUCCUGAUAAUUUGCAAAUAUACCGUUCAGUAACUAAUAUUAACAAAGAUAAUUUAUUACAAAGCUUUCAAUUUGCAUUAACAUUAGAUUUUUUGAUUCUGCAUAGUACUGUACAGAUAGGACAUACUAAUAAUUUAUUAAUUUUCUAAUUCAUUUUGUGCAAAUUUUUGGAUACUGUCUUGUUUGUAUAGUGGAUUUUUGACUAUGUGUCUUGAGCUGUUUUAUUGGAGAAUGAUUAGUUUUGUCUAAGUGACAAAGCAGAAAUAAUUGAUUUAAUAGUUUUUUUCCCUGAAUGUGGCACUGUGAAAUGAAUGGACCCCAAUUACUUUUUGUAUUAAAUUCAUGUGUUUUCAUUUGUGGAAGACUUUCAAAGUGAAAUGAGACGGACACUGAUUAUUGUCUGAGACUAUAGUUAUUGACUAAGAUGAUCCCCAUUUGAUCCGGGUUGGGUAGGGGUGAGAGGUCUUUGCAUUUUAGUCAAAAUAUUUUCAUUUUUUAGAUGUUGAAUAAAACGUUGAAGGAA